UAUGAAUUUCCCAUCAUUCGGAGGGCAUUUCGCAACAGCGCUGCCAACGAUUCAUCAAUUCGCGGCGAAAUUUUCGCAAGGCAACGCCACUACGCCACUGUGUCCACCGCCAGAAACUAACCAAAGAUAUACUGCCAAUGGAAUACCAUCCUUCACCCAACAUCACCAUGCUAAUCCGCAGCAGAUGCUGAGCACAGUAAAUUCUAGUAAGUUCCAGACCAACUACAUCAACCAGACAAUAUACACGCAAUCUUCCAGCAAUGGACAAGACAAACGGCAACAUUUUGAACCUCAGGAAUUGGCGCAGGAGCUGUGUGCGGUUAUGCUUCAGCAGGGUCAACAACAUCAGGAAAAACAAAAGGAAAAGCCUAAAUUGGAAACAAGAUCAUCACCUCCACAAAACCAGCAAAGAAUUGUCCAACAACCCCCGACGCAAAUCAGCCAACCUGAACAAAACCAAAACAAUCCUACUAUGCCUUCUGCUUGGCAAUCAUUGACCACGCCCAGCGCCACCGUUGCCAACUAUUUGUCCCAUCUGCCGUCGUCUACUUUACCGUUAAGCAUCCAUCAUUUUCUGAAGUAUUCUUCGGAAAACUUGAAGAAAGAAAACAUCCAGCAGCUUAAUAUUCCUAAUAAUACCGACAAUUUAAUUCAAAAUAAUUCGUUGAAUUUAAAUCUAAAUACAAGUUUUGGGUCUACCGUGAACAAUUUGGCGAUUAAUAGUUUGAACACGUUAAACACUUUGAACACUGGUCAGAUUCAGAAUGUUGCACAAACGAAGAAAAAGAAGAAGAAAGUUGAGAAGGAAAGGAAGCCCAGACCUAAACCAGGUGAAAUUCGUCUUACAACGGCUUUAGACGGCUCGACCCUCUACUGCUGCCCCGAGUGCCACAUGGCUUAUCCAGAAAAAGAACUACUAGAGCAGCAUUUGGUAGGCCACACUUUGGAAAGACGUUUCGUGUGUGACAUCUGCGGUGCCGGUCUAAAGAGGAAAGACCAUUUAACCAGACACAAGCAGUCUCACAACCCGGAGCGGCCAUACGUGUGUACGGUGUGCCUCAAGGCGUUCAAACGGAAGGAACAACUCACUCUCCAUUUUGUUAUUCAUUCGGGUGAAAAGAGGCACUUGUGUCCGGAGUGUGGGAAGGGAUUUUACAGGAAGGAUCAUUUGAGAAAGCAUACCAGGUCGCAUAUUGCUAGGAGAGUUAAAGCAGAACUGUCGCAACAAAGUACAACCUCUCAGGCACUACACCUACAAGUGCCUGCUCCUAUUGCUUCCAAUAAUAUGACGAUUUCGUCUUGUAUUCUUCCUUAAACACUUUACAAAUCAGUCGAAAAUUCUAGUACUAAAUGUGAUGAAAAAAGAAGAAGAAGGAAAACUACAAAAAAUUGGCGUGGUAAUUUUUGGCUGUGAUAUUUUUUAUUUGUAAAAGAUUAGCUAUCGACGUAGAUUUGAUCUACUUUAAAAUUUAAUAGGAUGUAGUUUAAGACUUUUGACAAGACAAAAUCAAAAUGAAAUUCAAAAUUUGGCUGUUAGAGUUUUUUAUAUAUGUAUUGAGUGUCAUUUAAUAUACUUGUAAUAUAAGUAUAUACAUACUACAAUAUUAUUAAAA